UUGCACGAUAUGGGAAAGAUUGAUGAAGUAUUUACUGAAGUGGAAAAUUUCCCUAUUACUAUUCCUUUGUUGAAGGAAAGUAAAAUUGGAAAACUUAUGAGAAAAAUCGCUGAUUUGAAAAUCGAGCCCGACCCAUAUAAUAUCAAGGAUCGAAGCGAUGAAUUAAUUAAAAAAUGGAAGUUUUUAUUGGAGGCACCCACCCAAGAAGGUACGGACGAAGAUGCAUCUCCCAAGAUGACCGCACAAGUUGAAGGCAAUUCGCCGCAGCACGGAGCUGUUAAACAUGAAGAAAUUAACCAACCUUUACCAGAUGAACAAGAAAUUGAUGUUAAGAAUGAAGAGCUAGAUCAUGUUGAAAAUAAUAAAAUCAAACCAGAAAGCACUUCAUCUGCUAUGGAACUUGAAAAAGCCGAGGCUCUUCCAAUGGCAAACGAAGAUGAUAAGCAUGUGUCGGAGGAUGUCAUUACAAAUGGAUCUUCACCUGCUGCCAACAAUCAAGGUGUAUCUAUUCAAGAAAAGGAAAUAGUUCACAAUAAAUCACCUGAAUUGUGA